AUGGCGUCUUCCAGUCGUCGAGCGUCGCACGACAAUUAUUACUCAGUUACAAUUUUCAAUGCAGAUAAACACCGCAGAAACUCUAUCGAUGAUACUGUAAGCGAUUCUCGACGUCUAUCGACUGAUACAAAUUCUCCGUCUUAUCAUGCGCAAGCAAGAGUAAUUGCACAUGGUCCACCUGUGGCUUUCUUCGGUAGUUGUGUGAUCGAUGAUGUCUUCUACAUACAUGGUGGAGUGCGAACACGUGCUGAUCAUGCACCAUCAAAUCGCAUGUUCAAAUUUCAGAAUAAUACUUGGACAGAAAUCACGACUCCAGAUUCUCCAAGCCUCUCUUACCACCGGUGCUUGGCGAUGAACAAUGGUCAAUACAUAGUAACGAUUGGUGGAUGGGAUGGAUCGAAACGAAAAGCAGAUGUGUAUAUUUUCGAUGUUGCUAAUGCUGUUUGGCAUUAUGCGCAUGCACCAGGUUUUCCUAGUGAUGGCGGCUUGAACAAUCAUGCAGUUAUUCCAUUCAAAUCUCACAAUGAAGGUAUUCUUGUUAUCGGUCGAGAUGGUAGUUUGAGAAUGCAGCGUAAGCAUGGGGAUGCCUAUUGCUUACGCGGAGAUCCAGCGAAGCGCGCCUUUCGAUGGGAACAAUAUCCUAUUGGGGUCGCUUCUCGUAGUGGUCAUACUUUGAUUGGGCAUGGAUCAUCAAUGUACAUUAUGGGUGGUCGUGCUGAUCAUCUUAUUCAACGUUACACUGGUUUACCAGUCGAAAAUCAAUCGAUAUGUAAUCAUCUCUAUUCGGAUCUGAAGGAAAUGAUUAAAUCAAAUGUUCUAAUACCUAUGAAAAAGCUACCAUCGACUCGUAAAGAUCACACUAGUAUUCCGUGUGGUUCGGACUUAGCUAUUGUUUAUGGCGGCGAAACAUUCGAUGGCAGAUUGCGCGAACCAUCCAAUGAAUUAUUCGUAGUAUCUCUCGAUACUCAUGAACAUUGGUACAAUCUAGGACGAAUCGAAUUCGGACGACAAGGUCAUAGUAUGGUUAAUGCUAAUGAUCAGUUAAUUGUUCAUGGCGGUUUAGGAAGAGCUGGUGUGUGCGAUGAAACAUUUGCUAUUGAUCUUAUUAGAUAA